UCCUCGCUCUCUCCAUUAUUGGCGGUUGCCAUAGCCACCAUCCGUCAUGGAAAAGCUGCUCACCAUAGUGCUUGCUUCAAGCCUUCUUCUUUUAGCCACUCUUGCAGGCCAUGCCUCAUCUAGAUCUUCUCUUCACCCCUCCUCCCUGGACACUCAACGAGGACAUGUUCUAGGUCGCAAGGGCAGAGAGGAACCGGCAUACCCUCAUUACCGGCGUGAAGGCGAGCUCAGGGAGCAGCAUGAGGUAGCAGCGAUGGAAGUGAAGAUCGAUGCGGAGAGGAAGGACGGUCGGAGAGAGGAGGAAGAUGAGGACGCCGGAGCCGUCACGGAAGGGCUGAUCUCCAGCGAGGACUACAGCGGGGUGGCCAUGCACGACCGCAGCUCCCCGCCGGCGCACAAGAAGAAGAAGCAUCCAUAGGCCGUCUCUGGGUGUUCAGUUCGUGUACAAUCAAUCCUCUUAUCUAGUCCAGUGUCCUGGUCUCCCGUCUCUGUAUCUUCCGUCACUGCACUGUUGUUGCUGUUGUGCCCUUUGCCACAACCAAAAGGCAGACAUAAUCAAGUCCAUGAAUGAUCUUAUUAUCACAAAGAAAUUCAUGAUUGAUCUGCAUGACUGCGGUCUGCG